CUUGUACACAUGAAUUUUUUGAAUUCUGACAAAAAUUUCAGCAGUUAUGAUUCACAAGUUCAUGUUAACAGCACUUCAACUGUACCUCCAGGAUGCAUCCCUCCUCUUAUUCGAGGUCUUAGUUUAGAAGAUUCCAUGAAAUCUGCGUCCUUGUCCACUUCGAAACACAGACCACAUCCCUUAUGUAUGAGGAUCAAUUAUGGAUUUAAUGACACUAGUUCAUUGGAUUCUAUAUUUUCACAAUCAACUAUUUUGAAUCAAAAAAAUAUCACGAACAAUGUAUUGACGACACCAGCAACAACAACAACACCAGCCACAAAUGACAAAUCAAAUCGAAUGAAAUCUUCCACAUUACCAAAUGUAAUAAAAAUUGUACGUAAAAAUUAUGAUACAACAACGCUAGAUGUUGUUGGUGGCAAAAAUCAUCAAUAUGAAAAGAAAAAACAUUUAAAAUGUGAUCCUGAAUUAAUUGCUCAACAAAUGACAUUAAUUGAAUUGAAUUAUUUUCAAGCUAUCGAACCAGAUGAAUUUUAUACAUUAAAAUGGAAUAGUAAAGAGAAAUUACAAUAUGCUCCAAAUAUAGUUGCAUCAACAAGAUGGUUUAAUCAAAUUAUAUUUUGGGUUCAAAAGGAUAUUUUGAAUGAAAAAAGUUUAUCAAAACGAACAGAAAUAUUAUCACAUUUUAUACGAAUAGCAAAGAAGCUAGUCGAUUUGAAUAAUUUCUCUUCAGCUAUGGCUAUUGUGUCCGGUUUGCAUGUUCAGUGUAUUUAUCGAUUGGAUGCAACAUGGUCAAAUUUAUCAUCACGUGAUCGUCAUACAUUUCGUAAAUUAGCUAGUUUAUUUUCACAAGAACAAAAUUAUAUGAAUCUUCGGUCAGCUGUAGAUAAUGCACGUCUACCAUGUAUACCAUAUUUAGGUGUUUAUCUUUCUGAUUUAACAUUUAUUGAUGUUGUGCCUACUACAACAUCUUCAUCGUCAUCAACAUCCACAUCAACAUCAUCCAAUCAUCAACAUGGUUCAUGGUCUAGUCAAACUAAACAAAAUCGUAUUAAUAAUAUUUUACGAAUUAUUGCCAAUUUUCAACAAUCUAGUUAUUCUUUUAUUCGAAAUGAAUCAAUAGCUAGUUAUUUAGAAGGACAACGUUACAUUGAAGAACUUCAACGAUUUAUGGAAGAUGCAAAUUAUAAAUUAUCUUUACAAAUAGAACCUCCUCCUCUACCACCAUCACUGAUGGCUCCGCCUACAUCUCUGUCAUCAUCUUCACCGAAUUUAUUACGUCAAGAUGAUGUUGAUGCCGGUGGUGGUCGUGUACCACAACCGAAAUAUUCAUUCUUAAGUAAUCAUAAUAACAGCAAUCAUCUAUUGAAACCUAUACCAAUCUACAAUAAUAAUAAUAAUCAUAAUGGUACAACGAACAUGAAUACAACAACUACUACUACUACUACUACAACGUUAUCUUCCCCGAAACUUACGAUUACAUCAUCAUUAUCUGGUAAGAAAACACCGCCAACUCUGUCGAACAAAGCACCAGCACCGAUGAUCACGAUGAGUCAACCAAAGAAAAAACAAUCCAAAUCCAAUCCUACGAUGAUGACAACAUCAUUAGGUCAUUUACUUGAACAACCACCACAACCUCCACCACCAAUGAUACCUCCUCCUCCUCCGCGGACGCCUACUCAUACUACUACUACUACUACUACUAACGCCAUUAAACAAAUCAAUCCUUCUUAUGAUUCUAUUCAACGACCACGUAAAAAACGUUCAACACCACCACCGCCACCACCUCCACUGCGACCAAUCAAUACUCAUCGAAGAUUAAGUAGUUGGGAAGGAUUCGGUUCGUUAUCCGGUGAUAAUCACACAACAACAUCAACUGUUGACAAAAUUGAAAAUAAAUCAGGUGUAUAUAUUUCUAUUAAUACUACAACCAAUACUACUAAUACUACUACUACAAGUAGUAUUAAUAGUAGUAGUAACAGCCGUAAAAAUCAAUUUUUAACACCAUCACCUAAUUUAAAUAGAAAUAUGAAAUUAUCUGUUAAUAAAAUGUAA